UACUAAUUGUGCCAAUGUCAGUCAAACUCCAGAAUUGUCACUUCUGUCACAUGUAUUGUUUUGCAACUUGGUUUUUGUGUUUAUUUAAAAUUUAUUUCAAAAGUUGCCUAUUAAACUAAUUUGGGAUAAUUUAUUUAUUUUAUUGCAUCAACCACCGUUAUUUUAAACUUAAUGUGAUGUCGGAUAACGAAGAAAAUGUACAUCGUUUGGAGGGAACCUCAUCAGAUGCUCCUUGUGGUUUAAUCAUAAAAAAGAAGGAUAAGCCGCCUGAUUUUCAAUUCGCUAAACCUUCUUUACUAGGUUUAGAUAAGUUAGCUGCUGCAAAGCGUAAACAAAAUCGUCUUAUCUCGUUUCAAAACGAUGAAAACGAUAGUGAUGAUUCAGAGGAUAAGGAUGAAGCCUCAGGUCCUAAAGAUCGCAAAUACAGACGACAUAAUGAGGAAACUCCAACGUAUACUGGUGGCCUAUCUGAGCAGGCCAGGGAACGGAUGCUAGAACGGUUGCAAAAGUAAG